CAUUUAAAUGCAUGGAGUGUGGAAAGAGGUUCAAUGCAAAAAGUAGCUAUAUCGUACAUAGCAGAAUCCACACAGGGGAGAAACCAUACAAAUGCCUGCAAUGUGGAAAGCGCUUUUCCCGUUCUGAUAGGUUUCGUGCCCACAAACGGACCCACACAGGGGAGAAACCGUACAAAUGCCUGGAGUGUGGAAAGAGCUUCUGUACAUCCAGCAUCUUAACUUCCCAUCAAAGUAUGCACAGAGGAGGGAAACCAAAUCAAUGCACCAAGUGUGGGAAGUGCUUCAGUCAAAAAAGUCACCUUAAUACCCAUAAAAGAAUUCACACAGGUGAAAAGCCCUAUAAGUGCACCAUGUGUGACAAAUGUUUCACCAAUUCUUGGGGUCUCACUUGCCACAAAAGGCUCCAUACUGGGGAGAAACCAUAUGAAUGUCGCACAUGUGGAAAGAGCUUCAGUACAAAACAAAGCUGUAUCAUACAUAGCAGAACCCACACUGAGGAGAAACCCUAUGAAUGCUUGGAGUGUGGAAAAAGUUUCAGCACAAGCAGCAGAUUAACCUUACAUAAUAGGAUACAUACAGGGGAAAAGCCGUAUCAUUGCAUGGUGUGCGGAAAGAGCUUCGCACGCAACGGCAAUUUCAGUUUACAUAAGAGGAUUCACACUGGAGAGAAGCCGUAUAAAUGCACACAGUGUGGGAAAUGCUUCACGACCUCCAAUGCCCUUACUUCCCAUAAGAGGAUCCACACAGGGGAGAAACCCUAUGAAUGCUUGGAGUGUGGAAAAAGCUUUAGCAACACCUCUUCUCUAACCAUACAUAAGAGGAUGCAUAAAGGGGAAAAACCUUAUAAAUGCCUACACUGUGAAAAGAGGUUCAGUGAAAAAGGUCAUCUUAAGUUACAUGAUAUGAUCCACACGGGGGAAAAACCAUUUCAAUGUAUGGAGUGUGGAAAGAGCUUCUAUAACUCUACAAACCUUACUGCUCAUCACAGAAGCCACACAGGGGAGAAGCCUUUUCAAUGCCUGCAGUGUGGAAAGCGCUUUGCCAGUUCUGGUGGCUUUCAUGCCCACAAACAGACCCACACAGGGGAGAAACCAUAC